UCGCCAUGUGGUGUUGGAUAAUUCUAGAAGUACGUCAGUGAGACUUCAUCAUAAGCGCUACAGAACCACAGGGCCUGAGAUUGACCCACCAGAGCUCAUUUAUUUGACAUUCAGUGGCUUUGCAAAGACCGGUUAUUCAACGUUAAUUUACAUUAGCUAUUAAAUACGUUAAAGAUGUUGUCAGCGGCGAGAACAGCAGUGAGAAAUGUGUCGUGCUCUCAGAAAACCUCCAGCAGUGUGUCUGGUCUCAUCAAGAAGGCUUGUUGGAAUGGAUUGACUCAACAAACUCUCCAGACUGCAGCCAGACGUCAUUAUGCUUCGGAGGCAAUCCGAGGCGCUGUCAUUGGUAUUGACCUGGGGACCACAAACUCCUGUGUGGCUGUGAUGGAGGGUAAACAAGCAAAGGUCCUGGAAAAUGCAGAGGGUGCAAGGACGACCCCAUCAGUGGUGGCCUUCACAUCUGAUGGAGAGAGGCUUGUGGGAAUGCCGGCCAAACGUCAAGCUGUCACCAACCCCAACAAUACUCUGUACGCUACUAAACGUCUGAUUGGACGGCGUUAUGAUGACCCAGAAGUUCAGAAAGAUUUGAAAAAUGUGCCCUAUAAGAUAGUGCGUGCCUCUAAUGGAGAUGCCUGGCUGGAAGCCCACGGCAAACUGUACUCACCCAGUCAGGCCGGAGCCUUUAUUCUCAUGAAGAUGAAGGAGACUGCAGAGAACUACUUGGGCCAUGCUGUGAAGAAUGCUGUUAUUACAGUACCAGCUUACUUCAACGACUCCCAGAGACAGGCGACCAAGGAUGCAGGUCAAAUUUCAGGUUUGAAUGUGCUGCGUGUUAUUAAUGAGCCGACUGCUGCUGCUUUAGCCUAUGGGCUGGAUAAGACUCAAGACAAAAUUAUUGCUGUCUAUGAUCUUGGUGGAGGGACAUUCGAUAUCUCUGUCUUGGAGAUCCAGAAGGGUGUUUUUGAGGUGAAAUCCACCAAUGGAGACACGUUCCUGGGUGGAGAAGAUUUUGAUCAGCACCUUCUCAAGCAUAUAGUGAAGGAGUUCAAGAGAGAGUCUGGCGUGGAUCUGACCAAAGACAACAUGGCGCUGCAGAGGGUGAGAGAGGCUGCUGAGAAAGCCAAGUGUGAACUGUCUUCCUCUCUGCAGACUGACAUCAACUUGCCCUACCUGACGAUGGAUGCCUCUGGUCCGAAACACUUGAACAUGAAGCUCACGCGCUCUCAGUUUGAAGGCAUCGUGGGAGAUCUCAUCCGCAGGACUGUGGCGCCCUGUCAGAAGGCCAUGCAAGAUGCCGAAGUUUCCAAGAGUGACAUCGGUGAAGUGCUGCUGGUCGGUGGAAUGAGCCGAAUGCCAAAGGUCCAGCAGACGGUUCAGGAUCUGUUUGGUCGAGCUCCCAGUAAGUCUGUUAACCCCGAUGAAGCCGUGGCUAUCGGGGCGGCCAUCCAGGGUGGAGUUCUGGCAGGGGAUGUGACUGACGUACUCUUGUUGGACGUUACCCCUCUGUCUCUCGGUAUUGAGACUCUAGGAGGCGUCUUCACCAAACUCAUCAACAGAAACACAACCAUUCCUACAAAGAAAAGCCAGGUGUUCUCUACCGCUGCUGAUGGACAGACUCAAGUCGAGAUCAAGGUUUGUCAGGGAGAGCGAGAGAUGGCUACAGACAACAAGCUUCUGGGACAGUUCACCUUGGUUGGCAUCCCUCCUGCUCCUCGUGGCGUCCCACAGAUUGAAGUCACCUUCGAUAUCGAUGCUAACGGGAUUGUGCACGUCUCUGCUAAAGACAAGGGCACUGGCCGAGAACAGCAGAUUGUCAUCCAGUCAUCUGGUGGCCUCAGCAAAGACGACAUAGAAAACAUGAUCAAGAAUGCUGAGAAGUAUGCAGAGGAGGACAGGAGACGGAAGGAUCGUGUGGAAGCUGUCAACAUGGCCGAGGGUAUUGUUCACGACACUGAGUCAAAGAUGGAGGAGUUUAAGGAUCAGCUGCCAGCCGAUGAGUGUAACAAACUGAAGGAGGAGAUUGUUAAAGUACAAGAGCUUCUGUCAAGGAAGGAUGCGGAGACGGGAGAGAACAUCAAACAAGCAGCCACAAACCUGCAGCAAGCAUCACUCAAACUCUUUGAGAUGGCAUAUAAGAAGAUGGCGUCAGAGAGAGAAGGCAGCAGCGGCUCCAGUUCAGGAGGAGAAUCCGGAGAGAAGAAGGAGGGCCAGCAGUAAAGCCUUUGGCACUGGAGUUCAUUGUGGGACUGAAUGUCUUGGGAGCACGAGUGUGUUUCUCUGAGCAGCAUACGCAAGAUCUUUUCACAUAUACUGUGUUUUUGGCAGUAAACUCUACAAAACAAUAUUAUCAUGUCUCCUCAUCCACUUUCCUUAAUGUCUAGAAGCUCAGAUUCAUUUGUGUCUGCUGAAAAUAAUCUGCAUCAGUCUUGAAGCAAAAUGUGCAAUGAAGUGCUUGAUUUGCCAUCUUGGAUUUAAAGGUCAGCCUGAUGAUAUACAUGCUCAUCAUGGAGCCUUCAGCCAUUUAGACAUGCAUUCCACCCAUUGGGCACAGUGUUUUGUGUUGUGAUGUCUUUUAAAGAUAUUUCUUUGUUAAGGGUGUUGUGUACUGCUUGUUCAGAAUAAUAUUUUUUUCAAAAACAUUGGUUGUUGAAGAUGAAUGAGGCUGAAUGUGUGUCUGAACGGCUUUAGGAUUUUUAUAUCUGCAAUGAGUAUUUAUAAAUUCAGGACUUCGAUGUUUCAAGACACCAAUGAUUUAUAUUUAAAUACAAUAAUAUUUGUUCUGUCCAUCAGUUUUGCUUGGAAAUUUCAACAUUUCAAGCUUGUGUCCACGCUUGAGCCGGUUAGUUUGUGGAGUUGAGAGUAUGAAACUAUGAAUGAUGAAACUCGAUAAUAGAAAAGCUGGUGUGGAAUUGAUAGUUCAAUCUGUCAUAUUGUUUCCUGUUCAAAUUUGCUGAUCAUACCAGCAGGUUUAUAUACAGUAGAGCUCACGUUGACGACUUAAUGGCCUUCCAUAACGGAUGUUAUUCAAGAGAGAUGUUCACACAAAUUGGAGGAAUUGAUGGACAGAUCUGUGUGGGUUUGUCAAGUGCACAGUAAAAGAUAGUGGAGGUGAAUUUAUCUAAUCAACCUUUACUAGUGACUUGAGCAGUUUUAUUUAAAUCAGUGUUACAUGUUGCUGUUAUGGACGAAAAGCAGAGCUUUUCAGUUAGCCAUCUGAACUGAGGGUUUACAUUCUUCCUUUCUGUUUGUUGGUCCCAUAACAGCAUAAUGUAACACAAAAUCCCAUCUACUCUGUGCUUACAUAGGACUUUCUGGUUCAUUAAAGAAGAAUAAUCUGUAACUAUAGAAGCUCUGUACAAAGGCAGAUGUCUGUUGAAAAUGUUAAAUGUUCAAAAUGAUGAUUUAAUGGGUUUAAAGAAGUAUUCCAAUGCAGUCUUUUAUAAUAAAAAUUUGUGUUUGAA